AUGAAUAUAAUUCAAUGGCAGUUGAGUUAGCUUCGAAUAUAUAAAAAGGUGGAUAGAAGUUGAUAAGAUACAAAUUGCAUAAUAUGACUUGUAAUAAACUACACUUCUCUUAAUAUUAUGUUUUCAAUGAAGAAGCAUACAAAUAUUACAAUGCAAGUACUUCUCAGUACUAUUUUGUUGGUGACAAUCAUUGCAUACGCAUGUGGUGCAGCUAUUAAAGAUGAACAACCAAAUAAUAGUAAAUCAAAAUCAUUUUCUUUUGUAAUUAAUGAAGACGGUAGUAUUAAUCGCACUGACAACAACAAUACAUUAGGAGGAAGUUGGAAUUGGAGUACUGGAAAUGGAUCAACUGGAGGUAAUGGUAGUUGGCACGGCGGUGGAGGAGGUGGCUGGAGCAAUGAUGGAAAUUGGCACGGAGGUGGGGGUGGAGAUUGGGGAGCUAAUGGUGGAGGAGGUUUUGGCGGAGGCGGCUUUGGAGGAGGUGGUUUUGGAGGUGGCGGAUUUGGCAAUAAUAGAGGAGAGGAAGGCAAUGGUUUAGGCAAUGCUUUAGGUGGAAUUGCUGACUGGUUUAGACCACCGCGACUUAGGGGAUUUGGUGACUUUAGAAUAGGACCACUUCGUGCUUCAGCGUUCUUAGGCAACCAGAAUGAUGAUAGUGAUUCUUCAGAGGAAUAAAUCCCAAACGCAUAUAAUCAUUUAUUUUAUGAUUAUUUAUAAACAAUAAAAAUGUAAUUCGCAAUUAAUAUACAUCUUUAUUAAUUUAA